AUGCCCGACCAGGAUGGAGAUGACGACACUCGUAAUGGGGAACCAUCCCAUCACAGAAACAAUAAGCGAGCCCGAGACGAGGUGCAGGAUGACCUCCCCCAACCUUACAACGCGAAUUCCCUACAAGCUGCCAAGAGACGCGCCGUCUCGCCAUCCGAACAGCCGCGCAAGCAAAAGCGCCCAGGAGCAAGAGCCCGCAUCUCCGAAGCCGAACGCGAGGCUAUUCGGCAGCGCCAAAUCGAGCGAGAGCGCGAGCAGGCCGCCCAACAAGCAGCGGCCGCAGAGCAGAACCACAUGAGAGGAGUACACGAUGUCGUCCGACAACACUACAACAGCGUGCCCGAGAGAGGCAGGCAGUGGAGAACGACGGACAGUAAGAUAAAGGGCCUCCGUGUAUUUAACAAUUGGAUCAAGAGCUGCAUCAUCCAGCGCUACUCCCCCGAUGAAGAUCACACCCCGGGCUCCCGCGAAAUGGGCCGCUCCAGCGGCAAAGACCUCCUCGUUCUUGACAUAGGCUGCGGAAAAGGCGGUGACCUCAACAAAUGGCAACAGGCGCCGCAACCAAUCCAGCUCUACGUCGGCCUCGACCCCGCCGACGUAAGUAUCGAGCAAGCCCGCGAUCGCUAUAGAACCCUCUGUUCGCGAGGCCGUGGCGGCCGCGGCGGCUCUCACCGCAGACCACCGCCUCGCCUGUUUGACGCCCGCUUCCACGUCAAAGACUGCUACCGCGAGAGCAUUGAAGACAUCGAAAUUGUCCAGCAAGUGGGCUUCGACCCGUCCCCCAUGAACAAGCGCGGCUUCGACGUCGUCACCAUGAUGUUCUCAAUGCACUACGCCUUUGAGUCCGAAGAGAACGCUCGCACAAUGCUGCGCAACGUCGCAGGAGCCCUCAAGAAAGGCGGGCGCUUCAUCGGUUGCAUCCCCAACUCGGACGUGCUGGGCGAGAAGGUCCGCGCGUUUAACGAAAAAGCCGCUGCGAAGAGGGCAGAAAAAGAGAAGAAGGAGAAGGAUGGUGACGGUGUUACCACCACACCACCCCCGGCCGAACCCGAAGACGGUGAGCUGGAAGAGGGCGAGGAGGAACCUACCGCCGAAUGGGGCAACUCCAUAUAUCGCGUCCGGUUCCCCGGCAAGACACCCGAGGAUGGCAUUUUUAGGCCAGCAUUCGGCUGGAAAUACAACUUCUUUCUAGACGAAGCUGUAGAAGAAGUCCCGGAAUAUGUUGUCCCUUGGGAGGCAUUCCGUGCGUUGGCGGAUGACUUUAAUCUCGAAUUGCAGUUCCACAGAACGUUUAGUGAGAUCUGGGAAGCGGAGAAAGAUGAUCCAGAACUGGGACCCCUGAGUGAGAGGAUGGGUGUGAGAGAGCGAGGUGGAGGACCGCUUUUGGUGUCAGAGGAGGAGAUGGAGGCUGCCAGCUUCUACAUUGGUUUUUGCUUUUACAAGGUGUAA